AUGCCCUAUCUGCUCCUCGUUGCGCUUCUUCCCCGCCUCAUUGCUGCUGGCUCAGUAGUCCAGGAGCAGCCAAUUCUGGUCCGUCGAAACAGUUAUCCCAUCACCCCCGACCUGAAUGAGUCGCUCCUUGCCAUCCAGAUCGGAGGCAUUGUCGGCGCAUACGUGAUCUUCGUUGCUCUUCUUCUCUCACUGCUCCUCUUCGUGGGCCGCCGUCUGCGACGAGCCGUCCUCUCCUCCAACUUCUCUCUCCAGGUCGAGAUGAUGAAGCCAGUGAAACCACCGCCCAGUACGGACCCCAGUCCGGUCACCCCCAUCUCCGUCAACCUGCCCAGUCCGGGCCCGAGAAGCUUCAGCCGGUCCUGGAGCAGCCUCGGCAGGGCUCCCCGCUCCCACGUCUCAGGGACCACCAGCGUUGCCACGAUUGACGAGACGGUGGUGGCAUCCGACCGCCAGCGGGCCCAAGAGGACCUCGAGAUGCUGUACGCCGCGGUCAUGGAGCAUGAUGCACAGAAAGAAGCUGCCGCCGCCGCAACUGCCCGGGGCGCCAACAAGGACUCCGAGGAAGACGAAACAGCCGAGAACGAGAUCCCCUCGCCCGACAGCAUCCCCACGAACCCCUUCACGGACCGGGCAUCUCACGUCUCUUCGGGCCCCGGCUCACCUGCCAACAACACUCCCCUGAGUCCCCGAGCCAGCUCGCGCCUAUCCCGCAUCUCAUCUCUAUCGCUGUUCAACCUCAACAACGGCCAACAACACGGCCGGAGUCCUUCCUCCUCUCUCCCUUUCCGGGACGCUUAUCCUCUCCAAAGCGCCCCAGCCACGAAACUUACCGUGCUCGAGCGGCCCCUGAAACCACUCAAUGGGCCCCGGACAGGCAUCCCCACGCCAUAUAGUCCUUAUAUGCCGUUUACCCCGGUGACGCCAUUGACGCCCAGCACGAUGAUCACGAAGCGUCAGAGACGGCGAGCAGAGAAAGAAAGUGGACUGAAAGUACUGAACGAGGAUGAUUUGGUGCGGGAUGAUGGGGAUAUGUGGGGGUAUUGA